AUGUCAGCAUUUGAAGAUUUAGGUGUUAUGCCAGAGAUUAUUUGCGCUGUUGAAGAGUUGGAAUGGGUAUUACCAACUCCAAUACAACAAGAAGCAAUCCCAUUGAUUCUAGGUGGUGGAGAUGUUCUAGCUGCAGCAGAAACAGGAUCAGGUAAAACAGGAGCAUUUGCAUUACCAAUCUUACAAAUUACAUAUGAAACUAUAAACAAAAAGGCUGAGAUUUCAGUACCUGCAACUACUACCGACAAUAAUGGUGAACAAGAACAAGAAUCAACAACAACAACAAAAAAGAUUGAAUGGUCAACAGAAGAUAGAGACAAGGAUUUGGCAAUCAAUGGUUUGUUGUGCCAAUCACGUGCCAAGGAUUGGGCAGGUGGUCGUGUUACAUAUGGUGUAUCAAAAGCUGGAAAAUAUUAUUAUGAAGCUACUGUCAAGGAUGAAGGGUUGUGUCGUGUUGGAUGGUCGUUGAAAAAGGGUACUCGUUCGAUUGGUACCGAUAAGUUUAGUUGGGGGUAUGGUGGAACUGGAAAGAAGUCACACGAGAACAAGUUUGAAAACUUUGGGGUUGGGUAUGGCCUAAACGACGUGAUUGGAUGUUUGUUGGACACUGAAGCCGGUACAAUCACAUUCACAAAGAACGGAGAGGAUUUUGGACAAGCCUAUCAACUAGACGCAACCAAACUUGGUCAAGUCUUUUAUCCAGCAGUUCUCCUUAAAAAUGCUGAAAUGGGGUUCAACUUUGGUCAAAGUUCAACAGAGCUAUUAAAGCAUCUUCCAAAGGGUGGUUAUAUACCAAUGUGUCAAGGUGAAUUGGAACAAGAUCAAACAACCGUAACAUCAACUACAACUACAACUACAACAACUUCUGCACAAGUAUCAAAUAAUAAUAAUAAUAAUAACAAAAAAGGAGGAGGAAAGAAUCAACAACAACAACAAUCACAACAACCACAGGAACCAAGAAAACCAUUAUCAUUAAUUAUUGAACCAGUUAAAGAAUUGGCAGAUCAAACUUAUUCUGCCAUUUUAAACUUUUCAAAAUAUUUGACUAGUCCAAAGAUCGAACCUGUUCUCUGUUUGGGUAGUGAUGCUUCAGCUUCCAAAAGAAAUAUCAAAGAUUUGAAUAGAAAUGGAGAUAUUGUGGUUGGAACACCCGGUGUGCUGGACAAGUACAUUCGUGAGGGUGUCAUUGAUGUCUCGCAAAUCAAGUUUUUCGUGUUGGAUGAAGCCGACCAAUUGAUCCGUGACAACCUUUCGAUCCUAAACUAUAUAUAUAACCGUCUUCCCAAACAAGGACUCCAAGUUUUAUUCUUUUCAGCUACACUUCACUCCAACGAUGUUGUACGUUUUGCCGAACAAAUCACACGUCAACCAACAUGGGUAGAUCUCAAGGGUAAAGAUUAUAUUCCAGAGUUGAUUCAACAUACCUAUGUCACUGCCGAUCCCGAGAAAUUCGAAUUUUGGAAAGACGCACUUGAUACAACCUCUGAAAAGCAUGUUCCAUUUACAACCGAUGCAAUGCAUGCUAUGGAUGUAAAGAGUUUGGAUCGAUUGAAAACACCCGAACAAAAAUCACUUGCCAUCAAGUACUUGAAACCACAGCUUUUAGUCCGUGUCAUCCGUGCCUUCAAAAUGGACCAAGCUCUCAUUUUUGCACGUACUCGUGUCGAUUGUGAUAACCUCCAAAAGUAUUUACAGGCAGUUGGUGGUGGUCUUGGUGGUUUGGAAAGCGAGUUUUCAAGUGUCGUACUCCACGGUGAAAAGCAAGCUCAAGUUCGUAAACAAAACUUGGAGAAAUUUAAAAAUGGAGAUGUAAAGUAUUUAAUUUGUACCGAUGUUGCAAGUAGAGGUAUUGAUAUUCAAGGUUUACCUUUUGUAAUUAAUUAUACAUUACCAGAUACAUUUGAAGAUUAUAUUCAUAGAGUUGGUAGAGUUGGUAGAGCUGAUAGACUAGGUGUGGCAGUUUCAAUUGUUGGUAAAUUUGAAGAAAAAGUUUGGUAUCAUGGAUGUAGAGACAGAGGAAAAGGAUGUCAUAACACUAAAUUGGUUGAGCAAAAGGGAUGUGCCAUUUGGUACAAUGAACCAGACCUAUUCCAAGCCAUCUCUGAAAAGGUUUCACCCGUACAAUUAAACGAUCAAUUCCAAUUGGACGACAUGGAGAUUAUUCGUAAUGUUGGUAAAUUCUCAAACGAAAGUUCAAACAAAAUCAAUGAAUACCAAGCACACACUGAAGAACUUAAAAACAAAGUAAUUGAAUUGGCCAAUUUAGAAGAAACCAUUCAAAGAGAUUAUUUAAAUUUACCUUUAAAAUUUAAAUAA